GAGCUUUUCCUCUCCUCCAUCAUACCAACAAUCUACAACAUACCUCUUUUCCUCCUUCCUAUCCUCUCAUAAAUAUUCAUAUACUUUGAUCAUAAAAGCAAUCGCAUACACACCCACACCACAUAUCCCUUCGACAAUUCUUCAUAUCAUAGAAACGUCCCACCAUGACCUCACCACCACCAACAUACACCCCGCAACCCCUCUACGGCGGCGCCAUUAAAGGCCUCAUCCCCAAGGGCUGGCUAGAUGCUAGUAACCUCCGCCAAAUCCCCGACCACCAAGAACUCUACCUCUCCCCGACAACCCUCUCAACCCUAAUCUACGAAAUCAACGAAUACGUGCCCGACAGCACAAGCCAAGAAACGUUAUCCAAGCACAGCGAAUUAUCCGCGUCCGCCACCGGCCUCACUACUCAAAACCAAGAUGGAAGAAGAGAAACCCUCGACAAAGCCGCCAUUCUCUACCACAUCCUGGACAUCCAGGAGAAUGACACCGUCGGUAAAGAGACGAUUCGGUUCCGCACGCCCAUUACGAGUGUGGGCCGGAGGGAGGGGACUGGGGCGGGGAGGGUGUAUACGGGGAGGGUGGAGUUGGGGAAGGAGGGUAGUAAGGAUGCGGUGAGAUGUACGUUUUUGGUGGUUAGGUUGGAGGAGCAGGGGAGUGAUUUGGUGGUUUGGGGGAAUGUGCCUGUUAAGGAGUUUGAAGGGAGGGGGGAUGAGGAGGGGUUGAGGGAGGAGGAAGGGGUUGUUGGGGGGGUGGUGGAGGGGUUGCUUGGUGGUGAUGGGUUGGUGGUUGUGGAGUGGGAUUUGUUUGGAUGA